GCCCGCUGGCCUGCUGUACAAGACAUCACCUGCAUCGGUCGCUCCCCCUAAACCACCGCUGAAAACCCUCACACGAACGAAAGACCUAGCGCUCUCUCCUUUCGUCUCUCGCGACUGGCGGCGGCGGUCGAACGAGGCCACACGGCGGCGGCAGAGCGAAUAGGCGCUUUCCAAGCUUAGACAGAGGUGUAAACCCUUCGCCAGAGGCCUCAGUCCCUUUCCCCCGCUGCUUGAGCAAGAUGAGCAAGAUGGCGAUCAGGGUUCCCAAGAGCAUGCGCGCCAAGCGCGAGCUCCUCAAGCAUGCGCCCAAGCUCGUUGAGAAUGGCAAGAAGAUGCUUAUUCUCCAUGGCACAAAGACUAGCGCAGUUUUGAACUCUGUGCUGGCAGAUCUUUUCCACCUGAAGCGUGAUCAUGCUGUCAAGUACACCAAGAAGAACGACAGCAUCAGGCCAUUUGAGAGCGGGGGUGAAACUUCCCUGGAGUUCUUCUCCCUUAAAUCUGACUGCAGCCUCUUAGUGUAUGGUUCUCAUUCAAAGAAGAGGCCCAACAAUCUUGUUUUCGGAAGGACUUACGAUCACCACAUAUAUGACCUUGUUGAAGUAGGAGUUGAGAACUACAAAUCCAUAGAAUCCUAUGCAUAUGAUAAAAAGUUGGCACCUAAACUUGGAACAAAGCCUUUCUUUGCCUUCAUUGGGGAGCACUUUGAGAGUGUUGAAGGACUGAAGCAUUUGAAGGAAAUGCUGCUUGAUCAUUUCAAAGGAGAGGUGGUAGAGAAUCUGAACCUUGCUGGUGUAGAUCGGAUAUUCGUGUGCACAGCAAUUUCUCCUACUACUGUCUACAUGAUGCACUGCGCUCUCCGUCUAAAAAGGUCAGGCACCUCUAUUCCUAGAAUGGAGCUGGUUGAAGUUGGGCCUUCAAUGGACCUGGUACUUAGGCGGCACCGACAAGCAGCUGAAAGUUUACAGAAAGAAGCUAUGAAGGCUCCUGGUCAUGCUAAGAAGGUGAAAAAUGUCACAAAUAAUCCAGUUGAAGGCAAGCAGGGCAGGAUCUACAUUCCAGACCAGGAGGUUUCAAAAUUGACCGUAACAAGCAACAUAAAGGGUCUGAAGCGUGAGCGUCGUGAUGCCAAGAAAAACAAGGAGCACUCGAAGAAGCAAAAGGUGGCUGAAAACUAGAGAAGGCUAAUAUCUGUAACCGGUCAGUUUAAGGACUUUCGGUCGAUAGGUUGAGUGGUAAAUAGUCCAGUACCAUCCUUUAAAGCUAUCAAACCUGUGUAUGGACUUUGGCGUCAGUAUCGAGGCAGCUUAUCUAUCAGACAUAAGAAUGGAAUUUUGGAGCAACAUAUGUUACAAGUAUUUCUGUUUUACUGUUGUUAUUAGCACUGACAUUAGCCGACGAGAGGCGAUUGUUGUGAUGACAUGGUUAAGUUUUGUUAUCAUGGACGUUGUGCCUUUUCUGAA